GACCUCCUCAAGUGAUUGCCACACAUGCCCCCACGCCCCUUUCCUACUUGCCAGCUGUGCUCUGGACCCCGAGUCCGUGCAUUGGUCUGCAGGUCCUCGGAAUAGCUGCAGAAUGUCCCCAUAAACCUGCGGAUCCUGAACCACACCUCGUGCACCGCAUUGGCUCUAACCUUCCUCCACCCCGGGUCUGCGACGGGGCCAAUUGAAAGAGGAUGGAGCUAGGAUCGCCCGCUCAUUUACCUCUGCCGCCGUCGAUUCAGUUCCGCUUCCAGCGAGGGCGCCUUUGAUCUCCCAGGCCCAUGUGUUGCCGUGAUAGGGCACCGACUCGUUGCAUUCGCAAGUUGCCUCAUGGUGUUGGAAGCCAGCGUUAUCAACAAAGCGGUUCUGGUGGGGCCUAGCAGGCAUGCGCUCAAUUCGCCUUCCCCGAUCUCCAGCCGAUGAUGGAGGGGUUGAUUGAUUCAAGAAGGCGCCCCUCCCGACUCGUUUCUCCUCCGCUGGGGCAGUCUAAUCACUCCUGUCCUCUCAAUCAUCUUCUGCCUCUUGUGCGCCAUGAGCUCUCUCACCAGUGUCUUUACUGGCUUCCUCCAGAGCGGUCCUGACCGUCUCUAUGUGUCCAUUGCGGGCACUGCCUUCUUUGUUUUCGCCCUCGUUGCAAUUGUCCUUUUUACGGCGUCGCGGAAGCGCAAGAUUGACUUAAACCAAGGUGCCUUCAGUUACUUGAAAUUCAUCUAUGCAAACUUCUUGAAGCCUCAUGACAGAGGCGGAAGUGGCCAACAAGAUGCGUUAGAGAGCUUCUACAAGACACAGGCUACCGUAUACGAUGCUACUCGCAAACGCCUCCUCCGCGGCCGUGAAGACAUGCUUGGCCUCGUUGCGGCUCAACUCAAAUACAAACUUGAAAACAAGGACCUUCAGGCGGGAAAGGCAGUCUGGGUUGAUAUUGGCGGUGGUACAGGGUAUAACAUCGAGGCUAUGGCCGCUUUUGUCUCCGUCCCGGAAUUCUUUUCCCACGUUUACCUUGUUGACCUCUCUCCAUCCCUUUGCGAAGUUGCUCGUCAACGCUUCGAGCGCCUGGGGUGGAAAAACGUCAGCGUUGUAUGCCAGGAUGCUCGUUCCUUCCGCCUGCCAGAGGACGGCAUCGAACCAGGAAAGACUUCGAGUGCUGGUGCCGAUGUAGUUACAAUGAGCUACAGCUUGUCUAUGAUCCCAGAUUAUUACAGUGUAGUGGACUCUCUUGGGCAACUGGUAAAGCCAUCCGGUCUCCUAGGAGUCUGCGAUUUCUAUGUUCAGAGUAUCGUCGAUGUCUCUUCCAGGAACUACAUCGGUGGUGCUUUCAACCGACACGUCAACUGGCUUGGCCGUGCAUUCUGGCGCGCUUGGUUCGAGGCAGACCGUGUGAACCUCGACGCUGCUCGCCGCGACUACUUGGAAUAUCGCUUCGGAACCGUCAUCUCCGCUAGCGAGCGCAACUACCUUCUUGGAGGCAUUCCUUACUAUAUCUUCAUCGGCUGCCACAAGGAUCUCUCCUCGGACAAAGCCAGCCGAGAAGCCCUCGAGAAGCUAGAUGCAUCCUUCACUGAAUCUCCCUACUUGUCGCCAGCCAACCAUCGUAAGGAGAUGGACAAGGCCGUUGCAAAGAGCGCACAAGAGAUCCGCUCCAAGGCCUACGAGUCGGCCGUCAUCAACUUGAGUUCCAACCUUCCCCUUCCCGCAUCAUUCUACCAGAACCACCAUUACCGCAUCUUCUACAACGACCUCCUCCCAAAACACACACAAUUCCAGAAUGAAUACAUCUACGCCUUCAACUGGGAAGACCCUCGGGUCGAUCACCGCCUAUUGAACAUCAAGCGUGACGACGUCAUUCUCGCCAUUACGAGUGCCGGUGACAACAUUCUGGAUUACUUGCAGAAGAGCCCACGUCGAGUGCAUGCGGUCGACUUGAACCCGAACCAGAACCAUCUCCUUGAGCUCAAGGUUGCAAGCUUUAUCGCCCUCGGCCACCGCGAUGUUUGGAAGAUCUUUGGUGAAGGAAAGCACCCGGAUUUCCGCAAUCUCCUUGUUUCCCGUCUAAGCCCUCAUUUGUCCAGCCAGGCUUUCCAGUACUGGCUUGAGCACACCCACGUCUUCACUUCAGCUUCUGGACGAGGACUAUACGAGACUGGAGGGUCACGACACGCAAUCAAGAUGGUCCGCUACCUCUUCAAGGUUUUCGGUCUUGAGGGCCAAGUGAAGAAGCUCUGCGAGGCUCAGACGCUCGCCGAGCAGCGUAAGGUCUGGCCGCGGAUUCGGUCAGUUCUGAUGAGCAGGCCUCUUCACUGGGCUGUCGUUUCCACCGAGUGGUUUGCAUGGAAGGCCGCUGGAGUCCCUCGAAACCAGCGGAACAUGAUUGUUGACGACUACUUCAAGCGUAAUGGCUUGACGAAAGAGAUGAAUAAUGCGAAGGACAUCAGCGGAAAGUCAAUCUGGGAGUAUGUCGUGGAUACACUGGACCCGGUGAUUCAGGACACGAUGAUCAGCAACGACAACUACUUCUACUUCCUGUGCUUGCAGGGUCAAUUCUCAAGAAGAUGCCACCCCGCCUACCUUUCCCCCCAGGCACAUGUGAAACUCGCUUCCCCAGGCGCCUUUGACGGUCUGCGUAUCCACACAGACGAGAUCAACGAAGUCAUUGGACGCAUCACACCCCGAAGUCUCACAAUCGCAGUGGUCAUGGACUCAAUGGACUGGUUCGACCCAGAAGGCACCGACGCCGCCGCCCAAGCACGCAAAUUCAACCACGCCCUCAAGAUGGAUGGCCGCAUCCUCCUCCGCUCAGCUAGCAUUGAGCCGUGGUAUAUCAAGAACUUCGAGGAGAACGGCUUCACGGCUCGACGGGUCGGAGCGCGAUUCCCAGGUAGCUGCAUUGACCGAGUAAACAUGUACGCAUCGACCUGGAUCUGCACGAAGACUCGAGAGCUUGAGCGGCCAAGGCAAGACAAGCGAUCCAACAGCGUGGAAUAUCUCGAGAUCUAAGGCAAUCCCCCCUCACCCGGACAUCUUUUCGCAGGCGAAACGUACCUACACAACACUACACUAUUGCUUACCCACGAUCUAUUUAUACCAUCUAUAUUUGAUAUUUUAUUUGAAAUCUGAAACGUAUACCCAUCUUUGCGUUUGUCGGAGGCGAUGCGCGGGAGUGGAUAUGUGACGACUGGCUGCAAUGAUGCAUACAUACUACAUACGAGUUUUAGUACUACCUAC